CUCAUAGAUACGGAGGCAGAAUCGGAAGCGUUCAGAAUCGAUAAGUUGUUACCGAAAAAAUCAUGUCGCGCUUAGUCCCAGUAGAUUAUUUUGAUUGGGGAUUUUUUGAUAGACAAAAAUCACUUUUUCCAAAGUUCAAAGGCAUUUUUAAUGAAAGUUUUGAGGAUUUUGAUAAGGAAUUGGAACAGAUCAGAAAAGAGAUGUUUCAGUUGACCCCUCUGGACUUUGGUGCUGGGUUUGACAAAGACCCUUUUGGAAAAGACUUUUUUGGGAAGGAUAAGGACUUCUUUGGAAAGGAUCCUUUUGCAGGGUUUGGUUCAAGCAUGUUAAAAGUAGAGAAACCAUUCAUUGAAGAUAUUUCCGGAAAUAAGAAAUUGAAUCUGAAAUUCGACUGCAGUCAGUUUAAACCGGAAGAAAUCACGGUAAAGACAGUAGACCGGAACUUAACAGUACAAGCUAAACACGUGGAGGAAUCACCUGGAAAGAAAAUCCACAGAGAAUUCACCAAGUCCUACACACUUCCGGAAAACAUUGACCCCAUGAAGGUCACUUCCACGUUGUCCGGAGAUGGCGUCCUAUGUAUUGAAGCACCUGCCCCUAAGAGUGUGGAGGUUCGCAACGAAAGGAUCAUUCCUAUUGAAAAACUGGCAAUCAAGUAACAUUUCUUUGUAAUAAACAUUGAGUGAACUAAAGGAAUUUAUUUAAAGUUUGUGAUAUUUUUACUAGGCAGUUGUACAGGAUAUUCAUGUUUUAAUAUACUGUUAUAUAAAAAAAAAAUUCAAAUGAAAUGAUCUCCUUAUUAAACAAAUUCAUAGAAUACAAAAGUGUCAUAUUUUUGAAACGGCUAAUCUACACUUAUAGAUGGUGGAAAUCGGGAUAUUUAGCCACAAGGUAUCAGCUGUCAAACGUAUUUUUUUUUCAAUAUCUGUAUAAUCUCUCUCCUUCGAUAUAAAACCAUGUAUUAGUAUGCGUUGUACAUAUGCUCCUUUUUAUCUUAAUUAUGAAUCUAAUCUGACAGCACAGAAUAAACAUAAACAUCACUGA